AAGGAAGUGCGCGUGGAGUGGGCAGGAAGAGAACCUCCCACGUCCUCACGGGGAGCGAGAGAGAGAGAGCGAGAGAGAGCGAGACAGUCAGAGAGAGAAGCUGCUCGCAUCCGGCCGACAUGACAUCUCCAUGAACCAAAAUGCUGUAAGACGCGUGUGUUCGGGCGUCGCUUGUCUUCUGGUCCGUCUGACUCAAGGACACGCCUGAAGCGGAGCCGCACUUCACGGUCCAGGUGUCACACUCUCUGAAGCCUGAGGGGGCAGCAUGCCGGAGCAGAGCAACGACUAUCGCGUGGUGGUGUUCGGGGCCGGGGGAGUGGGGAAGAGCUCCCUGGUCCUGCGCUUCGUGAAGGGGACGUUCAGGGACACCUACAUCCCCACGGUGGAGGACACCUACCGCCAGGUGAUCAGCUGCGACAAGAGCGUGUGCACGCUCCAGAUCACCGACACCACAGGGAGCCACCAGUUCCCCGCCAUGCAGCGCCUUUCCAUCUCCAAGGGCCACGCCUUCAUCCUGGUCUACUCCAUCACCAGCAAGCAGUCGCUGGAGGAGCUGAAGCCCAUUUAUCAACAGGUUCUGGCCAUAAAGGGCAACGUGGAGUCCAUUCCCAUCAUGCUGGUGGGGAACAAAAGCGACGAGACCCUGCGGGAAGUGGAGACCAAGGACGGCGAGGCCCAGGCCAACCAGUGGAAGUGCGCCUUCAUGGAGACGUCGGCCAAGACCAACCACAACGUGACCGAGCUCUUCCAGGAGCUCCUCAACCUGGACAAGAAGAGGAACAUGAGCCUCAACAUCGACGGUAAGCGCUCGGGGAAGCAGUCCCGCGCCGAGAGACUGAAGGGGAAGUGCAGCGUCAUGUGAAGUCCUCCAGGAGGAGGCCGGCGGAGGAAGAGGAGGAUGAGGAAGGACUCAUGGUCAUGUUUGGGAAGCACUGGGAAACUCAUCAUCUUCAUCCUCCUCAGCUUCAGUGCUGCUGUGUUCAUGAAAUAGUAUGAAUCAGACGGAGUUGCAGCAGCUCGUGGUGGAGACUUCUCUUCGCAGCCUUCCAGACUACUGAAGGUGAAGGUUGAAAGAUUACCCCCACCUUCUUCCACAUCCACCCAGCAUCUUCCCGGCCAUCUCCAUAUCAAACAUAGAGAAUGAUCCAUCUGUAGAAACUCAGUUUAGUCUCGUGGUCUGCUCAGGACGAGAAGGUCUGGGACUGCUAGCACACACAGGUGGUGAAGAAACGGAGAUGCAUCGCUCUGUACAGGACCAUGGAUUAUCUCAGUACCACGGGAUGAAGCUCCUGAGAGGAUCACAGCGAGGGGGGCCUCAUCUCCAUCGUGACAGCGCCUCCUGUGGUCCUGCACUGUUACUACGCAACAAUCCUUUUAAAAUCUGGUGAACAUCUGCAGAAGCUGGUUCGGGGCUCCGCAUCUUCUCUGAUGCUUGAGAUGGAGCCGGAAGAUGAGGACGAAUGUCAGUGUCGCUCCUAUUUCCACCAGAGGUUCUAACCGUUUUGAAACAAAAAGCACACAGUGAAGAGAGAUGGAUGUAAAAUCUAACCCUGCAGAUUAUGUCAUGUAACCGACAUCACUUCAUUUUUAGCUUUUUUCAGGUCACGCUAGUUUGGAAGCAGAUGUUUACGCGGACAGCAAUGACAACUACAGUAGCAGUUAAAUAAAGGUUUGGGCUUUUUUUUUCAAAUUGUUGUUGAACCGGAAAAUACAAUUGCGAACAUCUGGGCUUAGAUUUUCCCAUAUGUCAGCAUAAACACAUGCCUUUCAGUCCCUUUUUUCUGAUUUUAGAAUAGUUCUUUUUUUGUCAAUUUUUAUAAACUAUUUCUACAUCUUUCUUGUUUAUUCAAAUAUAUUUUGCAUCAGAAAAAAUUAAUAUUUAUCCCCAUAAAAACACAUUUGACAGACUUUAUUCUUGAAUUCCAACACAUCGGAAGUGAACUUAUAAUUCAGGUUUUUCCUUUGCCCUCAAAUGAACACGAACAGAAACACAGAGGCAUUCCUCAUCCAGAGUGGAGUCCCAUCUUAAUCCUCACCAACACUAUAGAAAUGUUUCAGCACUAAGGUCCGAAAAGUCUGGAUCAUUGCUGUCCAUGUAAGUGUCGCCUCUGAUACACACACACACACACUCAUUCUCACGGAUCACACAAGGCUCUUGCCUUCACAUUGCACUUUAUAUUACAAUCACACGACGGAAGCUACUUUUUCUCCUCCAACCCAGCACUCUCUAACACAGGUCUGACAAAAGCACAAAUUUCUUUUUACCAAAAUAUAUUCCGGAUUAUUUUUUUGCAUAUGUUUAUAAGAAUAUAGCUCUAUAUACAUGUUUCUUGGUCUCUCCGAACAGUCACCUCUCGUGUUUUUGUUUGUCGGCCGUGCGGCACAAUGUGUGGUUCUGCUGAACACCAGGGUCACGCCGCCAUCCCCUUGCUUUCACCACCAGUCUGUACAUUUCUCCUCCUUCAAUUGGUGACUCAGCUGCAGGGUUCCCCUGUACUGUUUAAGACACAUAUUUAACCCUUUAACUGUGUGUCUUUACUUUAAAAAAAAAGCACAGUUCUUGUUAGUCUCUACAUGUGUGCAGCAGAAUCAACAACUGGGCACUUUAGGGUGACAUUUUACUUGAACACUUGCUUAUUAAUCUGCAUGUAAAACGUCCAUUUUUCUUUCCGCUCUUCACGUCCGCUUGUACGUAAUGUAAAUACGGUAGUCGACAGAACUUCAAGUAAGAUGUUACCCAUGUAAAGACAAUUCUCUUGUGACAGUCAGAGGUUUGAUGUUGCUAUGUACUGUGAUAUACAGCUACUUACUGAUCAUAUACUGUAUUUGACACAUCCACUUCUAUCAGAUAUUAGCAGAAAUGUGAAUACUGUACGUAUCAAUAGGGGUUUUUUUUUCCAAGGCCAAGUUUGUUAAACAGUGUGCUGUGUGGUUGUUGGACUGAACCCUUUACCUGUUCCAUGGCAGGGAUGCUCAUGUUUGGUUCAUCAUGAUCAUAGUGUCACUCACUGUGUUCCGGUGCUCAGCUUGUCCUGGGUCGAACCCACCGUCAGAGAAAACUGAACACAAACGUCAGGGUGGGGGCGGGGCAAGAGGUGCAAACGUUUGGAUUACGUUUCAUGCCAAACUUCUGCCACACGAUUGUGAGCGAGGCUUGGUCAACAACUGCACAUCUGAUCGUAAAGUAAACCAUACUCAAAUCGGGGCACCUGAUACGGAUGUUGUCGAAGCUCAUAGCGCCCUGGUCUACGGAACCAGUCACCUCCUGCUGUUCCUUUAAGUGAAGUAAACUUUUCUGCUGGCUGCUGAGUUUGCGAGGAGUUCAUGAAGGAGGUGCCUUCUGGGAGAUUUCAUUUGGAAGAUACUUUAUCAUCAAGUUAAAGUUGCGUACAUAACUGACCCCCUUUUUUUUCAGGAGAAAGAGGAGUGCCUUGGUAUGGACACUUGAGGCACAACAAUCUGAAUAAUACUAAUAUUUAUUAUCGUUGGCAGAUGAUAAAUGCCAGCCAAAUCUUUUUAAGUGAAGUUAGGGUUUGAGGGUAAAAAUCAUAAACUCCUGUAUAUUAAAUAAAGCUUUGGAAGUUUUUGUUGUUUAAAUAAGGUUUUAGUCAAAAGGAAAACAAUCUGAACUGCUAAAUUUUUUGUUGUAAUAAAGUUCUGGGCAGGGAUUUAAAAAAAAAACUGAGAAAUGUUUUAGCUGUUUAAAUAAAGUUUUAGACAAAGAGAAAGAAGUAUCAGCUGCCUAAUGUUUUCAGGAUUUAAAUUAAGUUUUGGACAAAGAGGAAAUAAAUUAAAAGACCUGCUGAACAUUUCCUUGUUUAACUAAAAUUUUAGACAAUGAUAAUGUUUUUGGCAUUUAAAUAAAGCUUUGGACGAA